AUGCGAGGGCGCCGCCGCCUUCUACUGAGCUGCCCGCCGCGAAGCGCCGCCCGCCCCCGCCGCCCCGCCGCCCCGCCGCCCGCCGAGACCCGCGGCCUCCGGGCGGGCGCGGGCGGCGCCGCCGACUUGAGUUUCCCCGCUGUCUUAUGUGCGACCCGCCGCGUCGCCGCUCUCUUCAAUUCUAACGCGAAGGGCCGUCCAUCCGACACCGCCAUAGCGUACGCCUCUCGCUACGAACGGCGCAGACCGCGAACUCUAAAACGUAGCGUUGCCGCGUUCUUCGUGUGGAUUAUUUCAAAACGCGUAGAUCAAUGUAAAACAAACUUAUCCACCCGUUUGAAAAUCAAAGUUGCCGUCGACCGGUCAACCGUUGAAACUGCGCCACGGCUUGGCAGACGGGUCGACUUCGGCCGUGUAAGCACCCCGUGUUUCAACUCCGGCGACCGAUAUAUUGCGGCAUUGUGGAAUCAACUCUCGCGCCACGGCGACGGCGGCACCCGCGGGCGUACCGUUUGCCGUGACCAGGUCGAAACGAGGCAGCGCGCCUCCGACCUCGCCGAGGGUCGCCGUCUCACGCUCCCAGUCCCAGUGCGCGGCUGGACUGAAGGAUGUCAGUGUAACCCCGCACGGCGCGACCGGCCGCGGCGUGACGUCACUGGCCGGCGACGCGGCCGCCUCGGGGCCUCGGGGCCUCGGGGCUUCGGUAGUCUCGGACGCCCCGCAGCCGCCCGCGCCGCCGCGCCGGCCUUGUUGAGACAAUAUUUCGAGUUAAGUUUAUUUUCGAAAUGAUAAUGCUCCGAUUAUUGUUUCCCGCUUGUCACGGUUUGCAUCUGUAAUGUAUUGAAAUUAUAUGUACAUGUAUGAUAAUUGCGAGUCAGAUAUACAUAGUGAUAGUUUAUAAAUAUACUGCGUUACUAAAUACUAGGAUAAUAUUUUUGUACGUUUAUUUGGUUUCGGGGUUCCUCCGAGCGUUUGCUUGUCUUCGGACCGCCAUCCUUCUGUUCGCAAUAAGCAGAGUUGCACGAUCCGGCGCGGCUCUUCCGUCGGGAGCGCCCGCGGCUCUCGCUCUCGGUGCGGCUGAGAAGUGUCAUUGUUAUUUAUUGUUAUUAAUUUGUAGGCGAAACGAAAAUCGACGUGUUUCAAUCAGGUUUUAAUCGCUACUCUGUCUUUUAUGUUUAUAGCUAAAUCUUAGUGAAUUUCUCAGUGUUUAGUAAAACUAGAAAUUCUCAUCGUGAAUCGAGUUUCUCCAGAUCUCCCGCCGUACAGCCGCCACUAGAGAUCUGCAGAAGAGUCGACUCGACGUAAAAGUAACGUAACGUAACAUAGUAACGCGGCUGCUGUUGCUGGACUAGACAUAGGCUCAUACGCGGUGCGCCUGCGCCGCCGCGGUCCCGCGGCCGGCGGCGGGCGCGCUCGCCACUCUAGGUUAAUUCACAGUACAUUCUCCUCGAGACCACGAUCUAACAUUGUGAGGGAUAACUUGGUGACGUCCGAUUUGAGUGUUACAUAUAUAGAAAAAAAAGAUAAUUCCUAUAUAAAAAUCACUUUCUCUAUAUACUAAAUAGAAUAUAUUGCGCGGUGGGGC